CUCAACCUACCUGUGUGAGCUGCAAAUCAAUACUUGUUGCUCUAACCACUUGAGCAAAGAGAGCGUUUGUAAAUCGAGAAAGGGAAGAGGAGAAGAACCGGCCAGAGAUGUCGGGGACGGUGGUGAGCAUGGCGAGGUCGAUGCUGAUGGGCGCCAUCAGCGUGGCCGCCUCUGCCGCUGCUGCUGAGAUGAGCCUCCUCAUUGGCGUCCGCAAAGACAUCUGGUUCAUCAAAGACGAGCCAGAGACCAUGCAUGCAUUCCUUCUGUCCGUUGAAGCGACGAAGAACAAAAGUAUGGUAUUGCAGGUGUGGGCAAAGCAAGUAAGGGACCUAGCCUAUGGUAUUGAGGAUUGCCUUGCCGAAUUCAUGGUGCAUGUUGGAAGCCAGAGCUGGUCUCAACAAUUGCUUAAGCUAAAAGACCGCCAUCGCAUUGCCAGCCAAAUUCGUGAUCUCAAAGCAAGGGUUGAAGAAGUGAGCAAUAGGAACACACGCUAUAACUUGAUGAGCAAAGACGCCUCCAGCGGUACUGACGAGGUGAAUUCCUACAUGGAAGAUAUUCGCAGCCACUCAGCUAGCAACAUUGAUGAGGCAGAGCUUGUGGGCUUUGCUAAGCCUAAAGAGGAGUUGAUUAAGAUGGUGGAUGUUGGCUCGAAAAAUGGUCUUCGGAAGGUGAUAUGUAUCGUUGGUAUGGGUGGUUUAGGCAAGACUACUCUUGCUAGGAAGGCAUAUGAAAGUAAAGAAGACACCAUUAAUAAUUUUUCUUGUUGUGCUUGGGUCACAGUCUCACAGUCGUUUUACAAGAUAGAGAUGCUCAAGGACAUGAUUAGGCAGCUAUUGGGUGGUGAUUCAUUGAAGAUUUGCUUGAAGGAACUUGAAGGGAAGGAGGUGCAAGUAGACAAUCUCGCUAGCUACCUGAGAGAAAAGCUAACGGAUAAGAGGUACUUCAUUGUUCUUGAUGACCUGUGGACCAAAGAUAUUGUUAUUCCUAGUAGAAACAAUAAAGGUAGUCGUAUAAUAGUAACAACACGAGAUGAUGGCUUGGCUAAGCAGUGCACCUCUGAAGCGCUUGUCUAUCAUCUUAAGUACUUGCAAACAGGUGAUGCUACAAAUUUGCUACUAAUAAAGAGUAGGACAUCACAUCAGGACAUGGAAAAUGAUAAGGAAAUGAAGACCAUGGCCAACAAAAUAGUGAAUAAGUGUGGUGGUCUACCGCUGGAUUUACUCACUAUAGGAGGUAUGCUUGCCACCAAAAAGGUAACAGAGUGGGAGAGUAUCUAUAAACAAAUCCCGUUAGAGCUUGAGGUCAACUCUAGCCUUGAAGCUAUGAGGAGGAUAGUUACUCUAAGCUACAACCACUUGCCAUCUCAUCUCAAGUCAUGCUUUUUGUAUCUAAGCAUCUUUCCUGAGGAUUUUGAAAUCAAAAGGAGGCGUUUGGUGGAGAGGUGGAUAGCUGAGGGGUUUGUUAGAGCAAGGGCUGGGGUGAACAUUGAGGAUGUGGGAAACAAUUACUUUAAUGAGCUAAUCAACCGUAGCAUGAUUCAACCUUCCUUUGUGAACGUAGAAGGAAUAGUUAAGAGUUGUCGAGUCCACGAUAUUGUGCGUGAUGUCAUGGUCUCAAUUUCCAGAGAUGAAAAUUUUGUGUAUGUGCCAGAAGAUAAUGUAACUAGUGUCUCACAAGACACAUUUCGUCAGGUAGCAUACCAUGGUAGUAAGUUCCAGAAUAUUGGCAUGGAUUGGGGCCAUGUCCGGUCAUUAACCAUAUUUAGCGAGAGACUGUUGGAAUCUUUACUUUGUUCACCUAAGGCAAGAAUGCUCAGAGCCUUGGAUCUAGAGAAUUCACAGUUUGAAGUCACACAAAAAGACAUCAGUAACAUUGGAUUGCUAUGCCACCUUAAGUAUGUGAAUUUAUCUAAUCCUCAAGGAUGUUCAUAUAUUUAUAAAAUUCCUAGAUCCAUAGGACAAUUACAAGGCUUGCGUACUUUGAACAUAAGAAACAGUUAUAUUACCGAACUGCCAACUGAGAUAAGUAAACUCAAGAGUCUACACAGUCUCCGUUGUACUAGAAAUAUUUCCUGCGAACGCUUUGACUUGGAAGGCCUCGAGGAAUGCUUGCUGCAGUCAUUAUGUUUGCCCAUGAUGUUCACACCUUUGGUUGAUCCUAGUGAGCGUGCUGAGUUAGUUGCUGAUCUACACAUGACCUGGUCUAGCCGUUGGUCAGAGUCGUAUGGUGUGAAGGUGCCAAAAGGAAUUGGCAAACUAAAAGAGCUACAAACACUAGAGGUUGUGGACAUCGGACGAACUGGAUGCAAAACAAUUAAAGAGCUAGGUGAGCUUGUGCAGCUGAGAAAACUGAGCAUGGUAACAGAAGGGGCCACCAAGCGAAAAUGCAAGGUACUUUGUGUAUCUAUUACGAAGCUCACUUCCCUCCGCUCUCUUGAAGUGGACGGUUCACUCAAGUGGCUGCAUGUUGUUUCCUGUCCUCCUCCCCAGUUGAGGACCCUGAAGUUGGGUGGAUGCCUUGGAGAUAUUCCUGGCUGGUUUGGCAAUCUGAUGCAUUUAGUGAAGCUUUACUUAUGGGAUUCCAAACUAAAGGAAGAAGGAAAAAACAUGGAAAUACUAGGUUUACUUCCCAGCCUCAUGAAACUUCGUCUUGGACUGGACUCUUAUAUUGGGGAGAAGUUAGCUUUCAAAACAGGAGCAUUUGCAAAUCUCAAGAAACUUGAUACUUCAGUUACGGCGAAACUGAGAGAGAUGAAAUUUGAGGAUGGCACCUCACCCAAGCUGCAAAUUAUAUGUAUCGGCGAAUGCUACUUGACAUCAGGAGUGAUUGGUAUCAACCACCUUCCAAGGCUCAAGGAGAUCUCACUUGGCAACGAAGCUCAUGUGGCGAAGCUUGCUAUGCUGCAAAGUGAAGUGGAGGCGCACCCCAAUAGUCCCUUGCUGCGACUGUAUACGGAACGGAGUAUCCACGACCUGGGGGACAACAUCAUCCAAGUGGAAGAAGCAACAGGGGAAUCAUCAUCUCUCCAUCCCGGGACUGCAGCAGCGGGAGAGAGCUCAUGA